CGAGGUUUCACGUUCAAAUAGAAACAACCCAUUUUGGGCCCCAUUCGGAGAGUGGUGUAUCUAAUGUUGGUGGGGCCUCUGCCAGAUCCAAACACACGUCAACAUCUGUUAAAAUAGAAAAUGGGUCCAAACAUUUUUCGACAUCUGUGAACAUAGGUCGUGGUGUUCAUUCGAGACAAGAAGUCAAAAUAAACCAUCAUGUUGCUGACACCAAUCGAAAUGGAAGAAACAUGGGUAUGGCUGGGAAUCCUAGGCUUCAAACAUCUAUCAACAUUGGGUCCAGCCCGGAUGUACGUCCUGAAAUUAGAAAAACUGUUAGCAUGAAUGCACCAAGGUCACAGAAUCUCAGACAACGAUUACCUGUGAACAGACAUACCUCUCAUCUGCCACCCUCAAAUCUGGCUUCUGGUUCUAGAAACAGUCUCAGGUCUUCUGCUGCAAGGUCUGCAACUAUAACAAGGAGUGACCCCUUUGUUCAUCCAGGCACAUCCUCUCUGUCAAGAAGCACCAUUGCUGGGUCGACAGCUUCCAGAGCAAUUGCAGCUGGGAAUGUCGUUGUAAACGGACCUGCGCCUGGUAUCAGAAGAGUUGCAGGAAACUCUGGUAUAAGUCGGAAUAAUGGUUUGCAUUUGAAUACAGGGGCAUCUAGCUCGGUUCCAGGGCGGUUUGGCACAGGUUCUAGAGCUGCUUCUGGAAUUCAGGAUUUAGGAUUAAAUGCAGGAGAAUAUAGUUCUGCUGCUGCUGGUCGAUAUCCAGUUCAUUCUGGUUCUAGGGGUAGUCUAGGCCCCUCGACUGGAAAUCAUGGCGCUGCACUCGUGGAUGUUCAGGGUACUAUUCAGAGUAGAUCUGGAGUUCGGGGGACUCUGAAGGGUUUGCGGGGUGCAUCACAAGUACCACUUAGUGGGCUUCUUUCUGGGUUUGAUUUCGGACAAUUUCCUUCUGUAACCAAUCCACAAGGAAAUUCGGCCCUUGGAGUGUCCCAAACUGCACCUGCCACAUCCAACGUACCAUCUUCUUCUCCGAUGCAAAAUGGUGGUUCUGAGUUAGCCGGGGCUCUCAAACCAUCGGCGUUUCCUCUCCCAACAUCUUAUGACGUAAGCGCCACCAAACCAGGUAUUUGUCUGAAACCAUGUGGGUUCUCACUCUGCAUCAACGAAUGCAACCACGACAGCCAAUGCCCUGGUAGUAAGAAGUGUUGUAGUUCUGGCUGUGGUCGAGUUUGUUCUGAACCUUAUCCUUACAUCCCUACCAUCAAACCGGGAGUGUGUCCAGCGUCUCGCAGCUCUGCGGUAUGUACACGGAGACACUCCUGUAGUCACGAUGGAGAAUGCCCAGGUUCCAGCAAGUGCUGCUGCGUCGGUAGCGGAUGUCGUGUCUGUGUUCAGCAAGUUAUUUCCCUACCCAAAAUGGCGACUGUUCCUUUUCUACCUCAACGGACAUUGUCGCAGUUCCCAAUGAUAGGAAAAGGUUAUGUUUGGCGGUAGAUAUGCUUGUGGUCAUAUCAAACGCAACCUGUUCAUAUUCAUGUCAUGAUGCUUGGUUUAACGAACAUGCUUACAUUAUAGCGCACGGUCGUUUCACAUUUGCAGAAAAUUCACCUUGUUGAGCAAGUUUCUUUCCCAAGUUGAUGAUGGAAUUGGUGCUCCUGAAACGUAUGGGUUGUAGGAACCAGAAUACGAAUGUUGUAAAAUGGGACUCGAAUCCCAUAAUUACCUUUCUUUACGCUUUAAGUAUAAUGUUUUACCUCAAUUUCGCGUUAUUUUCAGUUGUCAUCUAAACAUUUGAAUCCAUCCAUUGUAUCAAGGAGUAUAACAAUCCAGAUUGACGAAUUGUCUGCUCACAUUUUAAUGGCAUUGCGUACUUAGUAUGACACUCAAUAUCUUAACUGACGCGCGAAAAUAACACAGUGUAUUAUUGUUUCGAGAAUGGUCCCUUGACAGCUUGCAGUUACAUGUGGUUCUAUUGGUGCUGAUGCUGCCUCGGUUCCGUUAGGGAUCCUCGAGCUUCAGCUCAAGUUCCUGCCCGGAAUAUCAAAUGGUCGACCCCUUUGAUGACAGUAUCAGACAGGAACACAUUGUUUGGGCGCUUGUUGAGUAUGUUCUACUUCCAGAUGAGAGUGGGUGUGAUGAGGGAGCCUUUUGGUUUACGUCCUCACACCUCAUGCCAGUCAAUCGUUUGCUUCCCUUGUUACCCUGAGAAGUUGUCUGGUCCAAUUGUAAUAGCAGGAACAAGAUGUGUCUAUCAUAUACAUUUCAUAUACAUUUCAGCUGAAGAUAGUCUUGGACUUUCUAUAAGCCGAAAACUUGAUUGUAAGGUGAUUGUCUAUAUUAUGGUGCUAGAUACAAUUAUUAGUCAUUAAUCCACAUUAGUAUUUUAUUUAUAUGUAGUGCCUACUGUUUUAUAUGUGUAGCAAAUGGAUGAUGGUUGUUUAAAUAUAACUGUGUAUCAUUGGAUGGAACUCUUGAAUAGUUUUCUUUCAAUAGAUAUUAAUUGCAGUUCAAGAUUGUAUGAGCUUUAUAUUUUGAUGUAAUGUGAAGACUAUCUGAUCCUGUAUUACAAAGUGAAUGUCUGUAUCCUUUCAUAUGAAUAAACCUGCUUUCUUGAAAUGUGA